AUGGCAGAUCUCAAUGUGGCCACGGUAAUGUCGCUUUCUGGACGAGUAGGUCUCGUUACAGGCGGAGGGACUGGCAUAGGAUUCAGCAUCGCCAAAGCGUUCGCUGCGAAUGGAGCCAAGGUAUACAUUACUGGUCGAAGGCUGAACGUGCUGGAGAAAGCCGCAGCAUCUGUCACUGGCGUCUCAGGAUCUAUUGUCCCACUCCAGAUGGACGUGACAAAUGAAAGCAGCAUCAAAGACGGCGCACAGCACAUCGAAGGAAUUGAUGGCAAGCUCGAUAUCCUUGUCAACAAUGCCGGAUUUUCAGCUUCCCUUCGCGAUCCAGACUUCAUCGCGAAGAAACUCGCUGCCGAAGAUCCUUUUGAACCCGAAACUCUACAGAACUGGGCUGACAUUUUUGCACUCAACACGAUCGCCCCAUUCUUCGUUGUACGUGCUUUCCAAUCCCUUCUCGUCAGAGGAGCGCAUUCCCGCCCUCAAGGCACCUCAAGUGUCAUCAAUAUCAGCAGCGGAGUGGCAAAGAUGAACGUUCCGGGGUCACUUGUAUCUCUCGCAUAUAGCGUGACAAAAGCCGCUUUGAACAAGCUCACCCUCGUUUUGGGAAUGAGUUUUGCUGGGAGGAAUAUCCCGAUUCGAGUGAAUACGCUAGAACCUGGGGUAUUUGCGUCGGAAAUGGCGACUGGUGAUUUGUUGGAGUCGCUGAAGACUAAGCCGCUGCCUGGGAUGGUGGCUCCUGUACCAGCAGGAAGACAUGGGACCGAUGCCGAAAUGGGGAUGACGGCCGUGUACUUGGCGGCAUCGGAUUAUACGAACGGAGCAACCUUGAUAGUUGACGGUGGAAUUACAUUGGUGAAUCCCUGA